AUGGUCACUUACAUUUCCGGCGAGAAGGGCGAAGACACAUCUGGCCUAGCCCUCAUCAACGUGUACGUCCUUGGUGACAGACUCCUGGCUUUCGGCUUCCGGAGCGCGCUCGACGAUCGCAAAUCGGUAUUACUCCACGAGCCUAUAUUCCUGCCGUCAGAUGGGCCUUCGAGAACAUAUCUGGCGAACGACCGCUGCUUCAAUUUCUCAUUCACGACUUUUGCGAAAAUUGUCAAUAUCUUCGUCCACUGGCUCUACAACUAG